AUGUCUUUCAAGCAGUUCGCCCUCGCCGCUCUCCUCGCUGCCACCACUCUCGGAGCGCCUUCAGCCCCAAACAAGCUUGACGUGUCUCUGCCAAAGCGCGACGACGCCUCCAGUGAUUACGUUCAUGGAUGGUGCGGCCUCCACUUCCACCGAGACGCGUCCAACAAGGGAGCUACUGGCAAAGCUAUCACGGACAAAUUCGAGAUCAAGGUCUACGAGGGAGGGGACGCCUCCUACAAGAAGGAGAUUGGCUCUUUCCCACAGACCGACCUGAACGGAAACUUCUCGGACCAAACAGUGACCGGCGUCUUUACCUUUCCGUUCACUUUCCACAACAGCGGGAAGUGGAUGAUCAAUUUCAACGUCAACAACCAGAAAUUCUUGGCCGACGCAGGAAAGCAAAACGCUAACUGCAAGUCCGGCAAAGUCGAGAGCCCUGACAUUGGCGACGGUUGGCGCUACCAGGAGGACGGGGACUGCGGUUUCACUUGCUAG